AGAUCGAAAAUUAUAUAAACUGGGAUUAAAAGGAUUUUAUGUCAAGGAUGACAAUGACAGUACAGGUAAGCAACAAGCAUCUGAGGAGGAGAACCGUUGUCCCAAUGUGACAUUAAAGGCAGAUACUAAUCAUGCUCUGGACCUGGAAGAAGUUGAACUCGACUCAGAGGCUGAGCUUAUGAAGAGCAUGGGGUUACCUCUUCAGUUUGGUGGGCAGUCAGCCCACAGGGACUUUGUGGCAGCAGAAAAUUACAGAAAGAGAAGUAACAUGAAAAUUAUGAAAAAGAAAAAGAAGAAGAAAAAAGAGUUACAGCAGAAACAUGAGGAUAAAAAAGGGCAAGAAUGCCAGGAUCGAGCUUGUGGUGGUCAUAUCAAGUCCAUUUCUGGUGAGCUGGCCUUAGCUACAGAGCAGCAUGAGAAGAGCAGCAAAGUUCAAGUUGGAAGGGAAGGGAACUCUGAAAAUUCAGAAAGUCUUGCAAAUGAGGCUUUACCCAGCGAACUUAAAGAAAAAUGGGAGAAGUACUGGAGCGAGUAUGGAGAGGGCCUUCUUUGGCAAAGUUGGCUGGAGAAGCAUCAAGAGGUCUCAUUGUCUGAGGUCACCACAGCCUCUGAGCCUUGGAACAGUCCAGACACCAGGGACGAGUGGGAGCAGCAUUACAGCGAACUGUACUGGUAUUACUGGGAACAGUUUCAGUACUGGACAAGUCAAGGAUGGACUACUGAGAGCUCUCACAGUGACAAUGUGGAAGCUAGUGGGGUUACUCAGGAGACGGGUCUUUCGGGAAGACUGGACUUGGUUAGCCGAGGGGCUGAAUGCAGUGAAGUGCUGAGCUUGGAGCUGCUUCCCUCUAACACCAGAAGUGAGGAAACACUCCCUUCAAGUGCUGAGCCCCACCAUGAAAUAAUCUCUGGGAUUUGUAAUUUAAAUCUGAACUUGGAGGAGGUGGAACAGAGCAGUGCAGCUCUAACAGUAGCCUGCCAAGGUACUCAAGAUCAUAGUUCAUCUGACAAUGAAAGCCAGAAAGAGCCCUGUGAUGGAGGAACCAGGAAAAGGGGUGCAUCUUGUGAAAAUAAAAGUAUUAACCAGUCAGGGAAGGAGGAAGCAGGAGGGUCAUGUAGCUCAAAUUCAAAUGACAAAGAACAGGUGCUGCUUCGUGACCAAGAUGAAGAUGAGGAUGAAGAGCCUCCUGAAUACAGACAUGCCAAAAUCAAGAGAAGCCAUGAACUGGACAUGGAUGAGAACCCAGUGGAAGAUCCUGAGGAAACCUGCUCUGUUUUGGGUUUCAAGUGUGGCACAGGACAAAAGUAUGGUGGAAUUCCAUCUUUCACCCACCGAAGUGUGCAGUACUUGGAGAAAAAAGCAAAACUCAAGUCCAAAUUCUUGGAUAUGCGUAAACCAAGGAAGAGCAAAAACACACACAUCUUCUUUACAGAGGAAUCUGAAACGUCUUGCAAAAAAAGUAAAACUUUGAAGAAGGUGGAAGAGUUCCUAAAGCAGGUUAAAAAACCUGAGGAGGAAACCACAUCCCAGACAGCCUCCCCUCAGGGUAAAGUGGAGGCGUUGUCUGUGAACAGCGACUCGGAGGAUCAGGAAAGCAUUAUCACCGCACAGACUGUAACACCGAACGCUGAAAACCAAAAGCCACCGUCUUCAGCGGCCUUCACAGAACUUGGAGGGAGUAACCUUGAGGAGGAAGCGGAGGAUGCGGCAGCGAGCGACUCCGAUAACCAGGGUGCAGGGGAACCGGAGCACAGCCAUGGGCGGCAGCUCAUCUCUCUGGAUAUUCCUGAUUAUCUCCGGGAAGAGACAGAGGAUUGUCUUCCAGCUGUAGAUGAAAAAAUUACUGCAAAGAAGAAGGAGAAAAAAAGGAGGAGGAGGAAUAAAAUUGCGUUGGGAGCUAUACCUGCUGAGAUUGCUGCUGAUCCAGAGCUGGUCAAGUACUGGGCACAACGCUACCGGCUGUUCUCUCGGUUUGAUGAGGGAAUUAAACUAGACAGAGAGGGUUGGUUUUCUGUUACUCCUGAGAAAAUAGCUGAGCAUAUUGCCAUCCGUGUUAGUCAGUCAUUCAACUGCGAUAUCAUAGUGGAUGCGUUCUGUGGGGUUGGAGGAAACGCUAUUCAGUUUGCACUGACCUCAAAAAGAGUGAUUGCUAUUGAUAUUGAUCCUGAGAAACUCAGUCUUGCGCGCAACAAUGCCGAGGUGUACGGCGUGGCAGAUCAGAUAGAAUUUGUGUGCGGAGACUUCAUGGUGCUGGCUGCUGACCUGCAAGCAGAUGUUGUGUUCCUCAGCCCACCCUGGGGGGGGCCUGACUACGCCACCGCCGAAAUCUUCGAUAUCCAAACCAUGAUUUGUCCAGAUGGAUUUGAAAUUUUCAGGCUCUCCAAGAAGAUCACACACAAUAUUGUGUAUUUUCUACCUCGGAAUGCUGACAUUGACCAG